AUGAUCAUCCCUGAACUGGGAGAAGGUCUGGUCUCCAGACAAUCAUUCAGUAGCUGCCCCUCCGGCUACACCUUGAGAAAUGGCCGCUGUUACCAGAGCAACUGGUCGUACUGGGGCCGCUGGGUCCUCGCCGCCAUCGUCAUCGUCUUCUUCCUCGUCCUCUUCCUGACCUGGAGCUGCAUCUCGAACCGCCGCCGCCGCAGGGCUGGCAUGAACCCGCGCUACGGCACCGGCUGGAUGAUGCCCGGGCAGCAGUACGGUAACGGCCAGCAGCCGCAGUACGGCAACGGCUGGUUCGGCCAGAACAAGUACAACAACAACCAGCAGCCCCAGUAUCAGCAGCCGCCGCCGCCCCAGUACACGCCCGCCAAUGGGCCCGUGCCCAACCAGUACACCGGCCAGACGUUCAACUCCAAUGAGGGCUACUACGGCCAACACAAUAACAACAAUGACAUCCCUCUUCAGCAGCCUGGGUCGUCCUACUACCCCCGCGGAGGUGACAACGUCUACGAGCCGCCUACGGGACCGCCGCCAGCUAAGUCUUAA